CUUGGAUAAAAUUUUUGGUAAAUUUAAAGUCAAAGUAAAUUAAAAUUGUUCAAACCAACCAACCAAUGUGUCAACAAGAAAUAAGAAGCCUUCGUCAGCGAACAAACAACAGUAAAAAGAGAAUAAAAAUAACACUUAGAUGAAAUGAAGUAUCCGAGAGGGCAUCAAGAGAAUUGACAAAUUGGUAAUCUACCACUUGAGUAUUGAGUGUCUGACAAGGAAAAAUCCAUUUAUUCCCGUUUGAAGUGCUAUUUAAACAAUUAGCCCUAUUCUUUUAAUGACAAGAUCCAAAAUGAUGGACAUUUUAAGACAUUUCUUAAUUAAUUAUCUUGGCUAAUUAUUAUCUUAUAUAAAACAAAUAAUACAAGACAUAUUUUAAAUAGAAAAACUUAGACAAUUUGAAAAAUUUUAAAAAUAGAAGAAUUUAAACGAUCUAUUAAUUAUUCAUAGUUCUCAUCCAAGGUGAUAAUAAAGUUUAAAUAAAUAUCAUUUCCACGAAAACGGUUGAGGAACAUGAACUUGUGUAAAUAGGAAGGGAGAUGAUCUCGGCUGGUGGCAAACUGUGUGUGGACAUUAGGUUCAUUUGGAUCAAUAAAAUUUUGUUGCUGUACCACAAAGGAGUAUUUGUAUGUUCCAUUUCUGAUUUGGUUUAUAUGGGCAUAAGCCGCCCACCCAUCUGAUAAAUUCAGUGACCCUGCAGAAAUAAAUCUUCUGAUACACUCUCAUAACGUGAUCUCACGUAGGCCUGGCACUUCGAUUAGAAAACAAUGCACUCUCUGUCUUUAUACAAAAAGCCAGUGACCCACUCUCCACUGUCCAAAGUGGUAUUAUAUUUAUAUAUGUGCUAAAAUGAAUACGUAUGAUGUCAUAAAAAACAUUUCCAUCAUUUUGGGACAGUAUUUAAAUAUUCACAAUAUAAAUUUUACAAGUAUUAUAGAUAAUGUUAAAUUAUUCUUGAUUGGUCUACCUAAAAAAUUUAAAGGCACUAUUUUUUCAUUAAGUUUUUCCCCAUGCUAAACAGAAGUAACUUUUUUUGUAGCCAUAGCUUUGAGCCUGGAUUAAAUCAGUCUUUUUAAUUAUCAUAAAUGUCAUAUUAAUUCAUUCCUUUUGAUCUCUCUAAAAAAAACCUAAGGAUUAACUUGAGGAAUGUCUCAACAAGGAGCAGCUUUGCAAAGCUAUAAUAACGAACUAGUAAAAUGUAAGUAUUUAAUAAGUAGUGUUUAUUAAUUAAUUGUUUGCUUUGCUUGUGAUCAAUGAAUGUUAUAAAAUCUGCAGUUAUUUUAUUUAGAAAGCAAGUAAUAUCACACAAUCUAAAUAUCAUUCACUUGAAAAACUAUUUGAAGAAAAAUGCUGUUCUAAAACUAAAAAUAUUUUCAGAUGAUACAUUACACCCACAGAUACCUAAGAUCAGCUCAAUCAAUGCGAACUCUUUCCCCCUAAGGUUAGGGCCAAAAGAUAACAAAAUUAUUUUGUUCCCUAGUCUAUAAGAAUUUAUUAGCGUGCUCCUCGAGCAGUUAAAAGAUCUAAAUUAGGGGUGUGCCAGAUCCGUUUUUUCCAACCGGAUCCGGAUCCGGAUUUUCUUAUGCGAAAUCCGCCGGAUCCGGAUACCGGUUUAUUCCGGAUUUUGGUACUAUUGGUAGAUACUUCGGUAAGUCAAGGUGGACAACUACUUUUUGUGUAUGGGAAUUCGCAAUCGGCGCCAAAAAAUCCGAGUUUUUAAUUUUCCGAUGUGUGUGUCUAUUUAUUAUUAAAUUAGUACUUUCGAUAUAUAUUUGAGUUCCGUUCCAUUUGGAUAAGUGUCUUACGAGAGACGCCAUGUUUCUACGCGUUCGCAGCAGGUUAUGCAGCUCGCUCAACCUAAUUUCGCCAUGGGGUUGGCCACGCCCCCCUUUUUAAUGGCGGAAGUUGACGAUACUUAGGAAAUAUUAAUUUAUUAUCACUAUUUACAUCAAAAUAAUUGAUAACUUGUGUUUCAGAAUGCAUUUAAAGACAUUUAAACUGGAAUGUUUUAAUUUGAGCUUUAACAACCCGGUAGAAUCCAUAUUAUAAAUGAUCAGAAUUUACCGUGUGCAACACGUUGUCAUUGGCAACCAUUCACAGCCACUUGCAUAACUGUAUCGUAGUACUACCUCAGAGUUUCAUUCAUAAGAGUUUGCCGUGUGCAAAAACUAUUAAACCAUUGGUCAGGGAAAGCUUUAAUUAAUUAUUCAUGUGCCAAAGUUGAAAGUUUAAACUAAGUCUAAACAGUAUUUUAGUGAUAAGGCAGGGAAUGCGUUGCCUUAUAUAAACUAUAUAGUCAUUGCGCAUGACGGGAUUGGUGGAAUGAGAUCACAGAAUGUGGAGAUGCAGUCCAUGUUAAAAAAUGACAAACCAAGUCGUACUUUAAAAAUUCAUAACUUUAAAACUACAACAGCUAAAAAUAUGAUUUUGGUGUUAUAAUUCUUUAAAAAAUUACAUCUUUUCAACUAUGCCAUUGGUUUAUUUUUACAAAAAGUUUAAAUUUUCUUAUCAAAGUCCCUACACUAUUGGCCACUAUUAGCGGUGCUGACUCUAGCCUCUGGUAUGUACGGAAUAUUAAACAUUAAACAAGCUCAACGCUCGAAACAAUCGAUUAAUGUAUCGUGAUCGUGUGAAAUUCGGGAAAGAGAAUUACUUUUAUUUCAGAUUAUGAUCCGGUGAGUCACAAAAUCUGGCAAAUUCCGAAAUCCGGUAUAUUCCGGAAUCCGGUUGUUCCGGAUACAUGUAAAUCCGGCGGAACCGGAUUUCACCGGAUAGUGCAAAAUCCGGCGGAACCGGAUUCCGGACCGGGGUCCGGCACACCCCUAAUCUAAAUGAUCACUAAUUAACUCAUUAUGGUCACUAAGGGAGUUUAUUUUGGGGAGGGGGGGUGCUUGUAUAUGACAGCUGAUUUUUACCCUAGAGAAAUACUUCAGAUGUCUUGUGUUUAAAUUUUUAUUAUUGUAAAAUUUUGUCUUUGUUAAAAUAUGUAUUUAUUUAUGGGCUAAAAAUAAAUAUACUAUGUAAUCAAAAGAAAUUUUCCAUUUACUUGGAUCAAUAAAAAAAAUCUUAUCUUAAUUAAAAUUCAUCUUGAUUUUAACAAAAAAAUUGUGUUUAUCAAUGUCAACAUGCUUCAUCAAGGUAUUGAAGAGCUUUGUGCUAAGAGAGAUGAAAUACACAAGUCAAUCUUACAAGAGGAGGAGGAGAAAGUGAAACUUCAGAAUGAUAUCAGAGUACUUUCAGAGAGUCUGGCCAAAGUCAAUGAAUCCCUUGCCAAAAAGAUGGCCACACGCAAUGAGUUUGAUAGAACAAUUGCUGAAACAGAGGCAGCGUACAUGAAGGUGAGUAGUUCAACUGAAGUGAAUAUUUUAUGUCAUUGUUCAGACCUGUCCACUCUACAAAUGCUUACAGUUACAAUUAUUAUUUAUAAGUUCUCUUUAAAUAGUGGCCUUUGUGUUUGAGUUUUAUGAGAUGGACAAAUUUAAAAAUGUAUUGUUAUUUUAGAGUAUUGUAAUUAUAUAUGUAUAAGGUAUUUCUAAAAAUAAAUGGGAUUUUAAAAAACAAAGUAAUGUGAAUUUUGAUUAUUUUACGGAAAUCGAAUCAAUUUAAAUACCGGUAUGAUAAAAUAAAUCUUUUUAUAGUUGUAGGUAAUUAAUGUAAUCUUUAUUAUUUUAGUAUUAUUAUUAUAAAUCAGAAAUAAUUUAAUAUCUUAAUUAAAAAUUAUUUUCUGCAUUUAUCUGAUUGUUCAUGUUAAACUAUUUUAUUAAAGGAAAUUGACAUUCUAUACGAUCACCUAUGUUUUUCUGUCAUUAAUAAUUUCAAAAAUGAUACUUCAGAGGCACAUAUUAAUAUCAAUAUCUCCAUAAAUGUAUUGAUCAAUAUUUUUUAAAGAAAAUUGCGUGGUAAAAGGGGGCGGGAUAUUAGUUUAGGGCAUGUGGUGGCAAACCAACCAUCCCAUGGUCACUUUUAUUAAUGAUUAAAAUAUUUGUGGGGAGUGGGGGCACUGCGAUUUUUAGAUUUUGUCCGAGGCAGCAAAUGAUACAUUACUGUUAAGUGUGUGUAUCAUAUCAAUAUGGCAAUAUCUUAAAGCCCAAAUAUGUUACACACCCGAAAUGUGUAUAUAGAUGGUCUUGAAAUGAAUGAAAUAACUAGCUUUAAAAAAAAAAUGGAUUUCAAGGGAAGAAAAGAGGAUGUGUACAUUUUUAUGUGAAUGAUAUCUCUUUAAAUCUAAUGAUAUUACAGUAGUGAAAUAAAAUAGGUAAAUAUGUCUUAUACCAGUGUCAGAAAAUACAGUACAUUGUGGGCACAUUUACAUAAGUGUAUACCCAUACCGCUACACUUAAUGAAAUUGGAAAAGGGAAAAAAAUGGAUACGAUUUAGUUUGAAACUCAAGACAUCGAAGAUACAGGUCGCAGGUCAGGCCUGAGGAUGAGGGUGGACACAUGUAUUUGAGGAUAAAAAUAUGUUUAUAUUAAAAAAAUAUAAUGUAAACAUUUUCUUUGAAAGAGAGUAGGAACAUUUUUAUGUGGAUAACAAUAUCGCAAAACCCAAUAAUUUUUUCAAUUGCGGUACCAAAAAUACAGUCCAGAGGCAUUAAGAUUUUCAUUAAAAAUAAGAAAAAUAUUUGCCAUUCCAAUUUAAGCCAAACAGAGUUCGUGGAAAAGUGCUAGUGAAUUUUUUAUGAGAUUGAGAAUAUUUCUAAAAAACUCAAGGCUGUUAGAGAUGGGAAAAGUGGUUAAGAGAUUCUUGGUUAGAUAUAAGAAUUUUGUGUUUUACUAAGUUUUACUGAACACUUUUGUUAUAAUUUAGCUCAGGAGCAAGUCAAAAGGUUAAAUUUUUAAUGAAGAUUCCAAUAAAUGACAAUCUGUUUAUGUACCGAUAUUUAAAAUGGUACAUAUAUUUUUUUUUUAAUUUAAGGACAUGUUUUUUAAAUUUUUAGAAAAUUUUCACAUUUUAGUUUCUCGUGAAAAAGUGUUUAGUAGGCCUAUAUCAAAUAGAAGAUAAAAAUUUCUCAACGCUCAAUGAUGUUAAAAUAUAAACAUCUGCAUCUAUACGUAAUGACUUCUUUUUUAAAAGAGUCUGAGUUACUGUUUCCUAAAUACACAUUCCAAAGGGUUGGAAAAUUCUUGUAAUUUAUUUUUGAGAAUACAUUUUUUAGAUGUUGAGACUUAACAAUAGCACGUAGAAAAUAGUGCAAUAUGCCCACAAGGGUCAUAAUUUCUAGUGCUAAAUGAACAAGAUUUUAAGUAACUUAGGGUCAUAAUAUGACUCGUAUAUUGGUUUGGAUAUAAAAUUCAAAUGGACAAAUCUCUUGUUAGCAGCUUGCUUUAGAGCUGAGAUCUAGUACACAGCUCUGUCUGAAGUGGUGCUUAUAUUUAAAAAAUGUUGUGAAAAUAUGUUAUGUCAGGAACAAAAGCAGGUGACCGGAUAUCAGAAUAAUGCCCACCUUUUCAUAUUAUUUUAUUAAUAACAUUGGUUCUUAGCUAUUUUCAUAUUCUUUUGACAUUAAAACUAUCCAAAGCUUUUCCAGAAACCUAUUUUAUUUUACAUGUGAUUCAUCAUACUGGCAUUUGAAAACUGUAAAAUGCUUUUCUCAUAAAACCUAUUUCUAACUCCUCUAAUCACAAUAAUUAAAUUUUGUUCUUCAGAUCCUGGAGAGCUCUCAGACACUGCUCAGUGUUCUCAAGCGAGAAUCCCAGUCCCUGAAAGAAAAGUCUGUGCCAGCCCCUGGUGCUCCUUCAUCAAGAAAUCUCUUACCAUCAUGAUUCAAUGAGUUCUAGCUUGUGCAUCUUUAGAAUAAUUUUAAACUGUGUUACGUAUGGAAUCUUGUGCCAAUGAAUGUAGCAAAUGAUAAUUAUUUAUUGAAAACCAAUUACUUAAAUUAGUAUUUUAUUUAAUAAAAAUUAGGCUCACAAUUUUAGGCACCAUGAAAACAUGUUUUAAUAGUUUUAAGUUAACAGCAUUAUUUAAAUGUGUGAGUGCAUGCUUGUUACCAGUGCUUGAACUUGUCAUUAAUAUAUUUAUAUUUUGUAAAUACAUGAAACUUAAGAAGUGUUUGUAAAACAUUUCAUCUGCCACAUUGAAGUAUACAUUGAAGUAUCAGUGACUCAGCUUGUUGAGAUUGGCAUUAUAGAUAAAUGUCAUAUUUGCCCGCAUAUAGGACACACUAUUUCCCCUUCGAAAUAUGCCUUAAAUAUGGGAUAAAAAUUAUUGGUUUUUUAACAUUUAAAAAUUUUUAUCAAAAGGUGGUGGGUUUAUACACGGCUAUGUCCUGUUCACUGCAAAUAUGGUAAUUCUAUUGGAAGUGGGGGCUACUUGUUUGGAUUUAAGAGGAUAAAUGAGUAAUGAUUAAAAAAUAAUAACACUUCUAAAAGUGAAAAUUUGAUGGCUGUAAGAGUAAGUUGUACAAUUAUAAUAAUUGAUGUGAUAAAUAUAUAUAUAUUUGAAUAUUUUUUGGUUUUGUAUAUUUCAAAUAUUAAUUACAAUUUAUGAAAACUCUGAAAUACAAGUCUUUAAGAUUUGUUGCUGAUGAACGUUUGGUAAAGAUGCUAGAAAUAGAUAUGAAGUUAUCAAUUUUAAUGAAGUGCA